UAAUUUUAAGGAUAUGUUCAAUAAAAUGAACUCUAAUGACAAGAUAUCUGGCGCUGACCAUUUCUCAAUCGUCUCUCCCCAAUGACUGUGUGGCAGCCGGAGUUCACGAUGUACCUGGGGCAGGAGACAGUGGAGCUCCUCGUGUCCCUAGGCUCACACUUCGCCGACCAUCUGGGAAGGGGUGAAUCCUGGUGCCUGCUGGCUCAGAAAGGUGUCGGUGUCUUGCAUGAGAGCCUCACCACAGUCUACCCCAGUCUAGGGGACACCACCAACGAUGCUGCCCCUACCUGUCUCCAUCUUAUAGUUCCACUCACACAUGGUGCUUAACUGUGCCCAUUAGCAGUUCUGUUUGUUGUUGAAGUUAUAGUUCUGCACUCAUGUAAACGUCAGAUCAUUGCUAAUGCUAAUAAUUAUUAUCAUUAGCUUUUAAAUGCAGCCAACAUGUUAAAUGUAAGUCUGAAGCAUUACACAUUCUGAAUGCUAGCUAACACUAUUUUCUCAGAGCGGCGGUGUGGCUGGUACAGUGCUGCAGGUAUGAAGGAGAGGGCCACCUUCUGUGAAACUUACGACGGCUAUGGUGACUUCUGUAAAUGUGAUGAUCCGCCUUGGUCACCUUACCCCCAAAGAAAAGUGGAGUACAAGAUGCAGGAAGCGAUUCCUGUUGCCAUAGUAACAGCUCGCCGGCUGCCCUACGUCCUGCGUCAGGUGGGGCAGGUGUGGGCCAGCCCAGGCGGUACCAACACACCCAUCACCAUCUUUGUUGAUGGUUACAACCCCGAGGCUCAAGCCCUGGCAGCCCUCCUCCAGGUGCCAGUGAUCCAUCACUAUAAUCCAGCCCCCAGCCGAUCCUCGGCCAGGAUCAACGAACAUAUCAAAUUCGCUCUGAGGGAGGUUUUCAAGAGCUACCCGACAGCCAACCUCUCCAUCAUCCUUGAAGAUGAUCUCCAGCUUGCUCCAGACUUUAUUCCCUAUUUCCACCAAACGGCUCCGCUGCUGAAGUCAGACCCAUAUUUGAUAUUCGUGAACGCAUACAAUUACAACUCCUUCGCCCACACCGCCCACGACGGCCGCAGGCUGUACCGUGCCCAUGGCAUCCCUGGCUACGGUUGGAUGACCACUCGCCUGGACGCGGAGGACAUGUUAGCGAACUGGGUCCCUAUCAACCAGAGCAACGCUGUGUGGGACUGGUGGGUGCGGGCGAGGGUGAUGGGGAACCGGGACAUGCUACUCCCAGAGGUGCCCAGGACGCGGCACAUGGGCGGGGGUGGUACCCACAUCUCUGGCUUCGAUCAGCUCCUCUUCUCCUCCCAGCCUCUUAACAACGCCACUAAUGUAAUGCUCGACGUGGAGAGCGCUCAUGAAGGUAGUUACGAACUUCACAUUCGAGAGGAGAUGAGUUCGGCGGUGGUGGUCAGCCUCAAGCAGCAUCCAUGCGAAGUCACUCCCUUCCCCACCCAUCAGACCAACAAGACCUACCUGCUGUACAUCUAUCAGCCGGACGAGAACAAGCAACAUGUAUCGUAUGAAGUCAUCGCUCUGCCGCCCACCCCAUCGUUGGAUGGUCUACCGAGGUACAAAAGAAGACCUUGCCUUCGCCAAAGAGAACCCCUUCCUCAGCCCUCCCCUCAGGAUAUACUACGCCAUCAGGACCGUCCCGCAGGAUCCCCAGCAGGAGUUCUCCUUGCAAAAUCGGCAGAUUGUGGAAUAUAUCAUAAACGGAUGAGGAGUCGUCUGUAA